AUGACAUCUGAAAAUGAAGUUAUACAAUAUCUAAAAGAUAAUCCAACACUUCUAGAAGAUUAUAUUGUUUCAACCAAUGUUUCGCAUGAAACUUUUGAGAGAUGGAGUGUGAGAAGAGCAAUAAAAUUCAAAAAAUCAAGAAAAGAUCAAAUAUCUGGAGGUGCUUGGACAGAUUUGGAUCACGCAAUGAAACGACGUGUAAUUCUAGAAACUUCAGAUAAUCGCGUGAGUUUUUUUGUGCAGAAAUUUCUGAAAUAUGUCUUUAAUUAUUUGUUUCAGACAAGAAUUCUAUUCGAAAUCACACAAUGUUGCGGACAACUAAUUGGCACAGAUUCCAUGGAAUUAAUUGUUCAAAAUGACGAGGGAGCAUUUAUUUGCAGAAAAGAUGAAAAUGGAGAAUUGAAGCUGAAAAAAGUGAAAAGUUCGAAGAAACCCAAUUAUGUUCAAGCUAUUGUCAAUGCUGGAAAUCAGACUAUCGGUGAGAAAAAAAUUGGGGACGCACUUUUAUUUUUUAUUUUGGGAAAAAUAGAAAAUACACGUAGAAGUCUGAUGUUGGCUGACAAAAAUUAGCUGAGUUUUGGAUGAAAUUAAUUAGUUUUUGAUGAUAUUAAAAAAUAGGGAUUUUUAUUUAAAUUUGGAAUCUAGAGAAACGUUUGCCUGGGAUUACUGUAGAUUUUCAAUUUCCAGGACUAAAAUUAGACACUACGGUUACUGUAGAUUUAAGAUUCCUGGUAAAUGAACAUUUGGGAUCAAGCUCCAAUUUAAUUAAAAAUAUGACAUCAAAACAAUUUCAAAAAUUAUUUUUCGAAUUUUUUUAGAUUCAGAAUUCCAAUAAAAAAUUUUAAAACAUUAUUAUCCUAAAAUAAAUUAUGCUCUGAAAAACCCAGAGCGCAAUUUUCCUAUUAUUCUGAAUUUCCGAAUCCAAAAAUCCCCCUUUCCCAAUUUUUCAGGCGAGAUCCACUUCCACAUCAACCUCACACCCUCCGAAAAAUCCAUUGUCAACGCAAUCUGCACAUGGUCCGCGUCGUGUAACUACUUUUCCGAGGUACGGUAGGGGAUAAUCAGGGGAAGACGGAUAAGCUGUCUAAAUAGGGGGAUGAUGAUGCACAUCUAUGGAUGUGUAUAGAUACUCAGAUUUCAAAAUAGAAGAUCUUCUAGCUUUACACCCAUGCGAGUGAGGAAAACAACGAGGAUAGUGUUCAUGAAAAUAUUGCGAAACAAAGAAAAUUAUCGAAUUUUCUGCUAGAUGUUGCAAAAUCGAUUUUCCACGAUAUUGUUUCAAUGGAUGCAGUUAUUGUUAAAGUUAUGGUAAUAAAAUAAUCCAGAACCAUGAUAAUAAUCCUGAAUUUUCCCAGAACUUUGCUCAAAAAUUGGUGGAUGCUGAUCGCGCCUCUCUAUUCCUCGUUGACGCUAAAAAUCAUCAAAUCUACGCGAGAAUCUUUGAUGUUGGAACUGGCGAUGAUGAACAUGUGAAGAUAAACAAGGAGGGGCAAAAGGAGAUUAGAUUUGAUAUGAGUAAGGGAAUUGCGGGGUAUGUUGCAUCAACUGGCGAUGGAUUAAAUAUUGAGAAUGCGUAUGAUGAUCCGAGAUUUAAUGCCGAAGUCGAUUCGAAGACUGGCUACACCACUAAAACCAUCUUAUGUAUGCCGAUUAAAAUCAGAAAUGUGUGAGUUGUAGGACCCAGACAUGUUCCUUUAAAUCCGUCUAAUAUUCCAGUGUCAUCGGCGUUGUUCAAAUGGUCAAUAAACAUAACGGUGUUUUCAAUCGACAAGACGAAGAUGCUUUCGAAGUGUUCGCGGUUUAUUGCGGUCUCGCUUUACAUCACGCAAAACUAUACGACAAAAUUCGACGAAGCGAGCAGAAAUAUCGUGUAGCUCUAGAAGUUCUAGCCUAUCAUAGUGUUUGUAAUUCUGAUGAGGUUAACAAAUUGAAGAAAAUCGAAAUAACUGAUAGAAUAGUUGAGUUGGAAACAAUUGAUUUUAAUGGGAUGCGAUUAUCUGAGCUGGAGAAACCCUUGUAUGCUGUUUAUAUGUUCAAAACUUUAUUUGGUGGAUUUUUGCAAUAUGAGACCGAUGAUUUGAUUCGAUUUGUGUUAACAGUUCGCAAAAAUUAUCGUCGUGUCGCUUAUCAUAAUUGGGCUCACGGCUGGUCAGUGGCACAUGCGAUGUUUGCCACUUUACUCUCUCAUAAAGAAGUUUUCUCGAAUCUCGAAGCCCUCGCUCUCUACGUCUCCUGUCUUUGCCACGAUUUGGAUCAUCGAGGAAAAAAUAACGCAUAUAUGAAGACGAUGAGCACACCAUUGGCGGCGAUUUAUUCAACAUCUGUUAUGGAGCGACAUCAUUUCAACCAAACUGUCACUAUUUUACAGCAAGAUGGACAUAAUAUUUUGAAGUCUUUGACAUCGGCAGAAUAUAAACAAACUUUGAGCUUGAUUAAACACUGUAUUUUGGCCACUGAUUUGGCGUUGUUCUUCAGCAAUAAGGCAAAACUGAAUGUCAUCUUGGAAGGUGGAAACUUCGAAUUAACCAACCCGGAACAUCGAUUACUCACUCAAGCAGUUCUAAUGACUGGUUGCGAUUUGGUUGCAUCUGCAAAACCAUGGAAUAUUCAAACCGAGACAGUUAAGGUCAUCUUUGAAGAAUUCUACGAUCAAGGAGAUGCUGAGAGACUCAGCGGCGCUGAACCAAUCGCAAUGAUGGAUCGGACAAAGGCUCAUCAAUUGCCAGCAAUGCAGGUUGGAUUUAUGCGUGGAAUCUGUAUGCCCUGUUACGAAUUGAUCGCCAAAAUUUUCCCGAAGGUUGAUAAAAUGCGAUCAAGAUGUGAAUAUAAUGCAACAAAAUGGGAAGAAUUAGCAGAAGAGCAGAAACAAAAAGAGGCUGAUAAUUCGUAG